AAAAAUAAGAAAUGAAGAUAUUCCGGAUCUGUUAAAAUAUGGACACUCAUUUCAGUCAACGCCCAGCAAACCACACCUAGCUUCCUUCGACCUCCCGAAUCCCCUACCUCUCUCUCUCUCUCUCUCCUUGGCCUAACUUCCCAGGGAUAGAAGAUUUCCGUCCGUUCACCGGUGGCCUGAGAGAUUGUUCAAGGUGAUAUUUUGCAACUCGAGUAAAAGUUCAAGUGGCAUUGCUAUAAAUUUCCCCAACUUUCGCUCCAAUUUAUGUUUCUAAGUGUCGAUCUUACCCCAUCAGAAUUCCUUGGAAGCUUGCUACCAAAAGUAAAUAUAUAGCUGCAGCAGAAUAGUAUAUCACCGAGUGACCAUCAGAGUUGAUCACGAUGAUAUGCAUUGAAGAUCUUCCUGACCCUUUAUUGGUUGAAAUCCUUUGUCGAAUUCCUUGCAGUAAAGUUGUCUUUCAGUGCAAAAGUGUGUCGAAGCGUUGGUUACGUCUCAUCUCCGAUCCUUCUUUUCUUCGCCGUUUUCUAUGUGUCCAACGCGUUCAACAGAAGCCCAUCCUAAGUACUCUAGUUAUAUUGGCCUUUAGCGACGUGGAGGGGCACAAAACUGAAGUCUUUACAACGUCCAAACAUCCGCUGUUCCAAUCAAGCAAUCUCUCUCUAAGUUUCCUUCCGUGUUUUGGCGAUAAAGAAGACCGUGAACCAGUUGUGGUAGCUACUUAUAAUGACUUGAUUUUGUGCUGCGCGACGAAUAGGCUUGGAGGUGAUUACUACAUUUGCAAUCCUUACACCAAGCAAUGGGUUGCUCUUCCGCCCGCCCCUCAAGUCCACAAUGGUGAAGUUGCACCAUUGGGAGUGGGAUUCAUGUGUGAUCCAUACUACAAUUCCUCUUCUCGAGAAGACGGUAGCAGUACAAGUUUUGAUAUCAUCCAGCUUAAUACUGAGUAUAGGUGGACGAUUGUGCGAAUGGUUCGGAAUUCAUCAGAUGCUGGCUACCAUGUGGAGAUGAUCUCUACUGAGACUAGAGGUGAAUGGAGAGAGUUGGCUCUGUUAUGCAGCCCACAACAGUUAAAACACUUGCAAAGUAUUCAUACUGAUGUUGAAGGUUUCAUUUCCUAUUCAGCCGUUGCUCACAAUGGAAAGUUUUAUUGGUUGCCUACUACUUCUGAAUGUACUUUUGAGUUGGACCCAUUCAUUACUGAUAGUAGUGGUGAUAAUGUUGCUAAAUGUCGUUUCAUCGACGAGCCGGACGCUUUUUUUAUUAGCGCAAGUAACUGGCAUCUAGGUGUGUGCAAAGGGUGUCUGCGGAUGUGCAAGGUGGGAUUAGGUGCUGAUGAUCCCUUCAGUGUUUGGGAGCUGAAAUUGCAAGAGGCGCCCGAGGGAGAUUGGGAAUUUGAAUGGUUAGCCGAUAGAAUAACCCAGCCUUUCGAUGAUAUUCCUUUGUUCUCUGAACAGGAAGACAGAAGCGGCACGGUUGAGAUGCUAAGUUUCCACCCGAAUAAUCAAGAUAUCGUGUAUUUCAGAUUUGAUCAACACAUUGUCACGGGCAACUUUCGCGAAGGAAAGUUAGAGUUAGAGAAAGCUGCAAAGACUCCGUUUGAUAUCGGUUCUUGGAGAGAGGUCUACACAUUUGCGCUCCCAUGGUGGCCGACGCCAGUUCCUAAACUCUAGGAACUAGUCCUUUUUGUUACUUUUCGUUGUUUGCUAGCCUGUGGCGUGUGUACCUCUCAUUUCAUUUCAUGUUGUUUCUUAUAUCAUGUUAAACUCGGUGUUCUUGUAUUUCUCAUUUACGUUUUGAACUGCAUCUCAUGCAUUUCCUAAUCAAAAAUUUUAAUUUCCCAAACCAAA